GUGUCAGUCCAUUCCAGCCAGAAGCCAGGAUGCAAUCAUCAAAAAUCUAACUAAACCUGUGAUUCUAUGCAUACAUACUUGGAAGCAAGCUGCAUUGAAAUCAAUGGGAUUUACCUCCAAUGGCAGACAUGGCUUAUCAGACUGAGAUGAUCAUAGACGCCCAGCCUCAGCCCAUGGGUACCAGCUACACUUUCAGCAGCCAGGGAGCGUGGAGUUCAGAUCUGUGCGACUGCUGCUCUGACAUGGGUGUUUGUCUUUGUGCCACUUUUGUGCCCUGCAUCCUUGCAUGCCGGGUGUCGGAGCAGGCCGGCGAGUGUUACUGCCUCCCUUGUCUUCCGGGCACUCUGAUUGCGCUGCGCACUGGUGUGCGUGAGAAAUACCACAUUGAGGGCUCCAUUUGCGAAGACUGGAUGGUCAUGUCAUGCUGUCCCCUUUGUGGUCUCUGCCAACUUUCACGAGAACUGAACAACAGAAAUUGAAAUGGAUGGAGAGGUGCAGAAUCUUUGCACCAAGUAGACAGAAGGGCAAGAAGGAAGAACCAUUUUGGAAUGGUACCGACACAUUCUUAGACUAGAAAGACUUUUCAUCUUUGCCGGAGCAACCAUGAAGGAAUAGAACCCCUUCCCUUUAGGCCCUAUGAUAAUCCCACCACGGGAACUGUAUUCUAAUAAAACAACUUUAAAUCUG